AUGAAAAUCGCCGUCACCGCCUCUGACCCACUACUCAAUCACUAUACCGGCGGCGGACUCUACUUCUACACCGGCGGCGGACUCUUCCAUUUCACCGGCGGCGGACUCUUCUACUGCAAUGGCGGCGGACUCUUUUACUACGACCGCGGACUCUUUUACUAUACCUGCACCGGCGGCGGACUCUUCUACUACACCGGUGGCGGACUCUUCUACUACGGCGGUGGACUCUUCUCCUACGGCGGCGGACUCUUCUACUUCACAGACGGCCGACUCUUCUCCUGCGGCGGCGGACUCUUCGACUUCACAGACGCCGGACUCUUCUACUUCAUGGACAGCGGACUCUUCUAUUGCACCGGCAGCAGACUCUUCUACUGCACCGGUGGUGGACUCUUCUACUACACCGGCGGCGGAUACUACACCGGCGGCGGAUACUACACCGGCGGCGGAUACUACACCGACGGCGGAUACUACACCGGCGGCGGAUACUACACCGGCGAAUACUACGAGUAA